AUGCAGAAGCUGUGGAUACUUAAAGGUUCCAUGACUCUUCUCUCACUUGCUGAUGGAUUUUUUCUACUGAAGUUUUCUACUGCGGAAGAUAUGGAAAUGGUCCUUUCGGGUGGCCCCUGGUUUUUGCUGGGGAAACCGUUUAUCUUGCAACGAUGGUCUCCUAAAUUCAAGCCAAAACGCGACGAGGCAGCCCCAAUUCCGAUUUGGAUCAAAAUUGUUGAUUUUCCUCUUGUCCUCUGGACUCCAACUGGAAUCUCCAAAAUUGCAAGCUACGUUAACGUUCCAAUUUCUGUCGAUACUCUCACUGCUAACCAUUCUCGGUUGACGUAUGCCAGGGUAUGUGUACUUAUCUCAAAGGAUUCUGCUUUACCUGAAGAAAUCCCGCUAGAAAUUGAAGGUGAGGAUUUAGUUUUAAAAGUUUUAUAUGAUUGGAAACCAGACAAAUGUGAAGGCUGUGGCUCGUUUAUUCACCCAUUCUCUCUCUGUCCCAAGAAUCCAAAUCCUAAACCAGUCCUUCCACCUCAACCUCCGAGAAAUCGGGGUCGCAGCACCUCCAGGCACCAUUCUUCUCGACCCCAUAGAUCCCCUUCAAACAGACCUCCCCCCCAAUCCAAAAACAUAGUUGAUAAACCCCUUCCCUCCACUGCUGUGGUAUCCAAUCCGCCCCCUCUAGUUCAGCCCCAGGCUAAUCAUACUGAUUUAUUACUGGCUUCUCAAACUCCUAUUUUGGUUCAGUCACAAGCCAAUCAAACUAAUGUCUCUCUGCCAUCUGCUUCUAAAACUAACCCAAUCACGAACCUAAACUCGCCCACCAAGGAUUCUUCCUCUCCCAUACAGCACGCUUCUCCUAAACCAUUGCUACCACCCAAAAUCCCACUUCUUAAUAAGUUUGCCUCCUUGCAAGAGGAUGACAAUCAUAUAGCUGAAACUAUUGAAUCCGUCUCUGAAUCCGAAUCUGCUUCCGUUUCGAUUUCUGUUGAUGAUCCCGGACAAACGAGCAAAACUGAUAAGAACCAACACAAUACCAGAUCUUCAUCUGACAAAGUUAAAACUCCUACUAAGCCCAAACAGUCGAAAGGAAAGUCGGCCAAGAAGGCCAAAGCCAAGAUUUCUCCUUCCUCUGCUACGGAUCCUUGGUUUUUACGUUCUCAUCGCCUCUUUGAGAAUGAAGGCAACUAUCAUAAUUUUGGGGAUUCUGCGUUGGGUAGGAUUUGGAUUAAGUGGGAUAGCUCGGUAUUCUCCUUUAAGCCAAUUUCCUCCUCUUCCCAAUUCAUUCAUAGUAUUCUUUCGGUGGGAUCUUUCCCACCGGUCUUCCUCUCAGUGAUUUAUGCCUCCAAUGCUGUGGAGGACCGAAAACAUCUAUGGGAGUCUCUUACUUCCUCAUCUCCGCCUCUGGACCAUCCGUGGGUCAUAAUGGGAGACUUUAACUGUUACAGAUAUGAAACUGAGAAAGCUGGGGGCACCAUGUCUUCCAAUGGCAGAUUGGGAGAACUUAAUAGCAUGAUCUUUAAUUGUGGGGUUCAGGAUCUUUCCUCCACGGGUCUCUUUUUCACUUGGUACAACCAGAGAGCGGACAAUCCUAUUCACAUUAAACUUGAUAGAGUUUUGGUUAACAAUGCCUUAUUGGAUUUUUUGCCUACUGCUUACUACACUGUAGAAUCACAUCUUGGCUCUGACCAUUCACCUCUAAUAUUCAACUCCACUCAUGAUAAGCCGAUAUCUGUCAGAUUUAUGUUUAAAAAUUACUGGAUCAACAUGGAGGGUUACUGGGAUGAUGUUUUGGAGGCUUUUGCUUCUAGAUCGGCUAGAAGUCCUAUGGCAUCUUUCUAUCAUAGUUUGCAAAUGCUUAAAAGGGCUUUCAAAAAUAGAAAUUGGUCUUCCUCUUCUUUUCUUUCUAAUGCUUUGUUAGAAAUUAAGAGCAAACAACAUCAAUGCUUGGCGGAGCUGCAAGCUAAUCCGCUAGAUGUGGAGUUAAAUCAUAACCUGAAGAAAAUUAAUGAAGAGUUGGCUUCUUUUCAGGCUAAUUGGACUUCUUGGUUAGCCCAAAGAGCCAAAGUAUUAUGGCUUACCAAAGGAGAAGAUGACCUUGGUUUUUUGUUUGCAAAAAUUAGAAGUAGAAACAAUAAAAACUGUAUCAAGGAGAUUGUUACUUCAGAGGGACAUUUUAUUACUUUCAGUGACAUUUCUAAAGCUAUUAUCAAGCACUUUGAGAGCCUUUUUAACUCUAGCCAUACUACUCCUGUUUUGCCUUUCAAUAUUCCUACAGGUAAUAUGGUUCCUCCUCAUUUUUAUGGCAUGUUGGUGUCUCCUUUAUCGUUUGAGGAAGUUAAAAAGGCGGUUUUUGAUGGGAAUGAAAAUACUGCACCUGGCCCGGAUGGUUUCACUUAUGCAUUCUAUAGAAAAUCAUGGCAUCUCAUUGGCUUGCAAGUGUUUAAUGCUGUUAAUAAUUUUUUUGUUACGGGCUCUCUUCCUAGAGGUGUUAAAGCUACAGCCAUUGCUUUAAUUCCUAAAUGCUCUCAUGCUACAAACAUCAAUGAUUUCCGCCCUAUUUCUCUCUGCAAUGUUCUAUACAAAAUUGUGGCAAAAGUCCUUUCCAAUAGACUAAAAGUUGUUCUUCCCCACAUCAUUCAUGAUAGCCAAUCUGGUUUUAUCACUACUAGAUGUUCUACGGAUAACAUUAUUCUUGCUGCAGAGAUUCUAAGAGAUUUUAAAGGCUCCACAAAAAAAUUUUGUGCGAAGCUAGAUAUCAGAAAGGCUUUUGACACUGUCUCUAGAGAAUACAUCAUUGCUAGACUUUUGCAAAAAGGCUUCCCUGAAGUCUUUGUUGGUUGGAUUAAAGGGUGCAUAAGUGAUGUUCAUUUCUCCAUUUGUUUAAAUGGUUCCCUCGAAGGCUUCUUUAAAUCUAGCUCGGGUUUACGACAAGGAUGUCCCUUGUCCCCCCUCCUUUUCUGCGUUGCCAUGGAUGGUUUAUCCCAAACUCUUUCUGAUUCUCAUAAUUUCAAAGGUAUUAAAUGUAAGGAUGUCCAAAUCAGCCAUUUGAUGUAUGCGGAUGACCUCUUGGUGGUUGGGGAGGCUACUAUUGAAAAUGCUAGGCAUCUGAAUAGAUUUUAUAACUCUAAAAAUCUCCUCAGCCGUUGGUAUAAAGCAAAAUUCAUAUCUCCGUGGAAACCUUGGCCCCUUUCAGCUUCUAACUACUGGAAGAAAAUCUCCACUACUGCUUUUAAGAUCCAAUCUGAGAUUCAAUUCUUUGUGUCUAAGUUCAGUGAAUUUUCAUUUCUGUGGGAUCCCUGGCUUCAUGGGCACUUUAUCGAAGAGGCUUCUUUUGCUGACGAUGCCUCUCUGGUGAAAGAUUUUUAUUUUAAUGAUACCUGGCACCUUCCCAGCUCUAUUCCAUUGGGUAUAAGGGAGAAUAUUCUGGCUGUGCAUAACAAAGGAAUGAAUGAGGUUUUAUGGCAUGGUUCUUCCAAAUGGCUUUUCAAAAACUUUGUUGAAGUUUACCAUUCGUCUAUUCCUAAUGUGGAUUGGUGUAAUGCGAUUUGGCAUAAGAAACACACUCUUAAAUAUGCUUGGUUUGCCUGGAUGGCCAGGCUGGGAAAACUGAAAACGGCGGAUAACCUUCUUAUUCAGGGUAUACAGGUGCCUCAAAACUGCUCUUUAUGCUCGGGAAUGCUGGUGAACCAUUAUCAUUUAUUCUUUACCUGUGAUUUCUCCUUCUUUAUUCUCAAGUCUAUAUUGCCUGAUUUUAAUUGCUUUUUACUUAGACCCAAUUUAUCCCAAACGUAUGACUUCAUAGAAAAUUCUGUUUUGUAUAACAAAACGGAAAAAGAUUUCUGCCUUUGA